CCUGCCGGGUGUAGGGUUACAACAAUGAACAAGUGGUUCCAACUCUGGCUGGAAGGAAAACAUCCCGGGAGGCACAUUGGCCUCUGGAAGCCUGUGGCUCCACCUGCAAGCCUCCUCCUCCUCCUGCCCUCGCCCAGCCUGGCAGCCAGCAUGAGGCUCUUCCACAUCCUGCUGCUGCCUCUCUGCCUGCUCUUCGCCCAGGUGGGCCCAGAUGCCUACCUUCUUGCGAGUCUGAUCCCUAAGAGUCCUGAAUGCGACAGCCUUGGGGGGACGUGCUACCUCUCCCACUGCCCGGAACGCACACAGGAAGAUGGCAGCUGCUACAGAGCGAAGGGCAGGUGUUGCGUCUGAACUGGUGCCACGGGGGAGACAAAUCCACCGGAACUACUUGUAAGCGUCGUUUUCCCACAAGGAAACCUUAUUUUAAAGCAUGGCUCCUUCGGACCCACAUGAACCCUGUGUCUCCUUUCUGAGGAGGUGAGGAAAACCAGGUUAGAAGCCAGACAGGCCAGGCUGCUCAGGCUGCAAGCUCAGGACGAGGGUGGUGAGCAGGAUGGGGCCACGGCAACCCCCAACCCCCAUUUCAUUACCAAACCAACACGCUUACAACUAGGUUUGGUGGCUUCAACCCAUGACCCAGAAAGCCACCGUUUCAUUCUCGGUCAGGGCAAUGCCCAGUUUGUGGGCUAGAUCUCCUGUAGGCUCCCUGCAGGGGCAGCAGAUCAGUGAUUCUCUCUCAUCAUUGAUGUUUCUGUCUAUCCCUCUCUGAAAUCAAUAAAAAUAUAUUUUAAAAAGAAAGAAUGACUUGCCAAUUCAAAUGUA